AAUUCAAUGUCUAAUAUUUUUUUUAAAACGAAAGCAGCACAAACGAAACUUUUAGUGGCACAAACAACUGAGACUAUUUUUCCGACGUUUUGCGUUGGCGGUGCAAUUUCACGCAAUGAAAUGAUCAAUUUAAACAAAUUGCAAUUGUCCUACUUAAUAUCCUAGUAAUUAUUCCCAGUGUCACCAGGUUUGGUAAAAAAAAAAAAAAAAAAAAAAAAACUGUUUAGGAAAAGUGCGUGUCUUUAACUAUGCUGCGCUGAAUACAUUGUAUUACUUUAAUUUAAAACAUUACAUUGAAAAUAUAAAUUAUGAUAAGUAUGUACUUUAAAAGCAACGAGAACGAUUUUGGUGAAAGUGCUGCUCCGGUUGCGCAGAUGCACAAACAAAACGCCGGAUUUUCUCUUUGGUACCAUUUACCUUGAUGGACAAGCUAAAUGCUAACCAGUAAAACUGAAUUCUGUGCUCCAAAAACGUGCUGGACUGGUGUUUAAGAGGGCGAAUAUGAGGAGCAGUGAUUCUUCCAUCGACCUGCAUUGACUCUAAUGUUUCCACAGGAUGUUGCUGCAAGCUAUUUAACUUUAGCAAGUACCAGUGCUAGAUGCUACUCAGCUAAGUGACUCAAAGGAGUGUGCAGUGUAUCCUGUGGCACCAUGUUGGUGGCUACAUGUCCGUCAGUGUCUUUGAAGGUGGAUCCACCACUGUGUUAUCUUUUGUACUCGCGUGAAAGUCGAAGGUGAUGUUGGAUUAAUCCCUGUACCCAAAAGACACAGAAUGUUUAAGGUCCCGUUUGAAGAUGAGAAACCCACCUUCCAUUCGAACCAGAAGCCUCCUGGUCCCUCAGAACCAUUUGUUCUGUCAGGAACCAUUCGAGUGCCAUACACCAUUAACAGAUACCUACGAGACUACCAGCGAGAGGGGGUUCGAUUUAUCUAUGACAACUAUUUGAAAUCCAGAGGUUGCAUCCUGGGUGAUGACAUGGGCCUAGGAAAGACCAUUCAGGUUAUCAGCUGCUUGGCUGCCAUUUUGCAGAAAACUGGGACAUGGCAGGAUGUUGAAAAUAACAGGCCAGAGUUUCUGCAGUCACAGGCACCAUCAACAAUAUCCAGAGUUAAGAAGGUUUUCCUCAUUGUGGCUCCUCUGUCUGUGCUCUACAACUGGAAAGAUGAGCUGGACACAUGGGGCCAUUUCAAAACAGUGAUUGUCCAUGGUGUGAGGAAAGAGGAGGAAUUGGCCCGUGUGAACAGAGGAAGAUGUGAGAUUGUCCUGACAACAUUUGAGACUCUAAGACUCUGUCUAAAUGAGUUCAACAGUCUUGAGUGGACCGCUGUCAUUGUGGAUGAAGUUCACAAGCUUAAGAAUUUCAAAGCUCAGAUCACUCAGGCUAUGAAAGAUCUGAAAUGCAAAGUGCGUGUGGGACUGACUGGUACAAUCUUGCAGAACAACCUGGAGGAACUCUGGUGUGUCAUGGAUUGGGCCAACCCGGGAUGCCUCGGGUCACUGAGUAGUUUUAAGAACAGGUUCUCUGAACCUAUCGAACAGGGACAGAAACACAGUGCAACAAAGAGAGCACUGGCCGAGGGCCGUGAGGCCAUCCAAGCUCUGGCUAAAAUUCUAUGCCGCUGGUUCCUCAGGAGAACCAAAGCACUUAUUAGCGACCAGUUACCAAAAAAAGAUGACAGGGUGGUGUACUGUUCCAUGACAGAUUUCCAGCAGGCGUUAUACCGUGCUGUGCUGGACACAGAUGAUGUGAGGCUGCUGUUGCAGAGCUCCGAGAAAUGUCCAUGCAGCAGCGGACACUCCAGGAGGAAGUGCUGCUACAAGCUCAAUUCAGCCGGUGUCCCUGUCAGACACAUGUACUUCAGUUAUCUGGCUAUACUGAGGAAGGUCGCCAAUCAUGUAGCCCUGCUGCAGUCUAAAGAAGGAACCAGUAAAAAACAGGAGAAAUAUGUGACUGCUGUCUGUGAGCAAGUCUUCAAGAAGUUUCCAGACUUCACAGAAAGAUGCAAGCAGGUUGCAUUUGAGGCCAUGUCUGACCCCAUCUACAGUGGAAAAAUGAAGGUGCUGCAAAGGCUGCUUACUCACUUUAUCGAAAGGAAAGACAAAGUUCUCCUUUUUUCACUUUCCACAAAGCUCCUGGAUGUUUUGGAGAGCUAUUGUAUGGCUGAAGGUCUGGAGUACCGCAGGCUGGAUGGAAGCACCAAGUCUAAAGAACGCAUCCACAUUGUCAAGGAAUUCAACAGCACCAAUGAUAUUAACAUGUGCCUUGUGUCUACCAUGGCUGGUGGUCUUGGACUCAAUUUUGUUGGGGCUAAUGUUGUUGUCCUAUUUGAUCCAACAUGGAAUCCAGCAAAUGACCUUCAGGCUAUAGACAGGGCAUAUCGCAUUGGGCAGUGUAAGGAUGUAAAAGUUUUUAGGCUCAUCUCUCUGGGCACUGUAGAGGAGAUCAUCUAUCUGCGCCAGAUUUACAAACAGCAGUUGCAAUCAUCAGUGAUUGGAAAUGAAAAUGCAAGACGCUACUUUGAGGCAGUGCAAGGAGCAGAUGGCCAAGCAGGAGAGUUAUUUGGGAUCAGGAACCUCUUCCGCCUCCAGACUGAUGGAACUUGUCUGACACGCCGCAUCCUGGAGAGGGAGGGCCGUGUUGAGGUGGGGAUCAUGACAGCCAGCACACAGGCAACGGAUGAGAGGGUGCAAAAGCUGGUUCCAGUGUGUGUAUCAGCAGAUACCUCUGCACAACAGGAAAAUAGACCAGCAGUGGCAUGUGGUACCAGUACCAGGUUCUCUAAUGCUGAAGUUCUGGACUUUAGCAGCACUAGUGAGGAUGAGGAUCCCUGUGGCUCCAGAUCGAAAGCCACAUACCCAAAUGCAGGAGAGGUUUUUGGACCUAGCACUGGGUCUGCUGCAAAUAUGAAUCUAUCUGUUCUGCUGAUGAAACAUAUGACUAGUGGGUUGCAAAGGAGCUCAGAGAGCACUGAAGACAGUCAGUCUGAUGCGGACUCCAAGGGCUUGAACCUAGAGAAUGCCAAGGUAGCUAAGGGGAAAAUCGAAUGGUUCCUGUCCAGUGACUCUGAGGAAGAGAAGAAUGAAGCAAAAAAGACCUGUGACCAUGUCUGCAUGGAGGAGUCAGAAGACUUAGAGUUUCUUCACCACCGCUAUACUAAAGCACAACAGAGAGGUCGAGACAGUACUAACAAGGAACGGAGGCCAGAUUGGGCAGUACAAAGAAAGAGAUAUACUGAGGAGGUUGAGAGUUUAGACUCAUCUGAAGAUGAAUUUCCAGAGAGAAGGGUGAAGUUUAAGAAAAGUCUUCAACGCCCCUUUAGUGCACAGAAUCAAAAAUCAGUUCAGUUCACAGGUUUAAAAUGUCGAAGCGUGCAUUCCAGAAAGCCACAAAUCAUAGAGGGUACCAGCACCGGCACCAUAGAUACAUUAUUAGGUGGGCUUCAGGAAGUGAGCUACACCCACUCCAAUCAGAAAGUGGUCGGCUCGAGCAGGGCAGAGAACCGCCUCAGCCGUGCUGCAUUACGGGAUGUGUUUGAACUGAACAAGCACUCGCAGCUCCCAGCAAACCAUUUUCAUUACAUAUCUGAGUCUGGAAUCCCCCAGUUAUCUGAGCCCAUAAACGGCGGAGAGCAGGAUACGCCAGAAGGUCAUGACAAGACUUGUCUGAAACAUCAGGUCACCCACACCAUAGAAACUUCCCUCCAUACCAAAACUGCAACCGUUAGUGUUGGGGCGACGCCCGCUGCUGUCCGCAAGCAGCAGCUAGAAGAAAUGGCAAAGUUCUUUAGAGCGAAGUCUGUGCAAGAGUUUGCAGAAGAGCUUGUGAAGAACAGUUCAGCACAGCGACUGAGCAGGCUAUGUGAGUUCUAUAGCCACAGCAGCCCUGAGCUUACUGACAUUAUCCAAAAGACCUUUCCUAAACCUGUGACUGAGCUGAAGCCAAGUAUUUCACCUAUCACUGCUACAUGCAGUAUGUCUAGACAAAGGCCUACCUCAAAAAGAACCUCCUUAAACUCAAUUCAGAGACCUCAUGAUGAAGGAGAAACAGGAACCUCAGUGAAGAAGAGAAGAACUAAGGCACAAAGUGCUAAAGAUGUCCAUCAUCAUUGUGUUGGUCAGACUGAGCUGAAAAAUAACUGUUUGCCUUUGCCAGACUCAGGACCAAUUCCAAGAGAGAAGUCUUUUAAAACUUCUACAGACAUUCAUCCUCACUCUGAAAAAAACACUAAUACAUGCAAUUCUUCCACAACUGCUUCCUUUACUGAAUUGUCACCUUGCUCUAGAGAUGACCAAGCAGACAAAAACUCAAACACAACCCUUAUUAGUGAUCUCAUAGGUGACACCUCCAUUCUAGAUGACCUUUUCAAGCAAAAGAGAAGUGCGGAUCGGCCAAAGCCAGCAACAGCACCCAUUCCCUCACCCGCUGAGAGGAUGAAGAACAGGGGUAAAGACUUCUGGGACAUUUUGGAUGAGGGGAACGAGGAGAGCAUCAAUAAGCUAACAGAUCUAUCUCAGGUGGAGAAGUUUUGCAGGAGUGUUAAUGUGUGUGCAAAGUCCAAAAGUGAAAGCCAACUUGAAAGCUCUCCGCUGUGGAAGAAGAAUGAGAAAUUCCUUUGGAAAUGAUGGAAGAACCUAGAAGCAUUUUUUUUGUGUGUGAAAUUACAACGGAUUGUUUACACAAUAUUCUCAUUUUUUAUACAUUGUUUUAUUUAAUUGCAUUUGGUUUUAUUUGAUUAUUGAUUAUUAUAGAACGGCUACUAGUCCAUACUAGUA